AUGCCCCGCAUCCCUUCGCGCGAGGAGCCCUACCACAGCGUUGCCAAGUGCAACCGUCAUUGGAAGACGAAGCGCGAGUUUGUCACGAAGGCGGCCAACAAGGCUUCCCACGUCGACGGCUCGCACUACCUUCUGGUCUGUGUUACGCCAAAGGGAAACAUUGAGGUGCAUGCGAGUGAGCACUUCUACGACGACACGAACCAGCAGAGGACGGACGGCGUGAUCAACUGGGAUGUUCUGCGUAAGCGUUCUAGCGCCAUUCAGGCCAGGAACGUCGAGCGUUGGCAGGAGGUCGAGCGUCAAGAGAAGCGUUUCGGUGUUGAGGGCGAGGGCGAAGACGAGGACAACGACGACGAGAACGAAGACGGCGAAGUCAGUGUUUCGGACCUCGGUGUGCCUGGAGCCUCUGGGUCUGACACUUCCUCCGUCGUUGCCAUGGGCGGCGCUCCCGUCGUCUCUAGCUUCCCCACGUCGUCAAAGUCUUCCCCCGCUCGCCCCGUUUCGUCUGUGACCCUCCGCCCCGACACCCUCGAGCAGGAGUACAGCAUGCGCUUUGAGCACCUCGGCCAGGGCGUUUGCGCAAACGUGCUCAAGGCUUGGAUCAAGGUUGUCGAGCCGAAGAAGCAGACCAAGUUCCCCUACAAGGACAAGAAGGGUAACGAGGGCAAGCCUCCCCCUUGGUGGCCCACUGGAAUGCGACACAUCGAGCCCGACCACCUCCACAAGGAUGAGAGGCCGCGACUGCUGUCGUCCAUCAUCAUGCAGGCCAGCAAGGCGCGCUCCGAGGGAUCCGGCAAGGUUGCCACUUCCCCCGACGCCCGCGAGCUGACGAUCUCGCGCCUUCACUUUGCCACCGCCGAGAUCGCUUCUGCCAUCCCUCCCCGCCAGCACUACGAGCUCCGCCAGAUCUACCUGAUCGCCAAGGAGGUUCGCAAGGCUGUCGAGGACCGCAUGCGCGAGUGCAAGAGCAAGGGCUUCGCGUUCGACGAGACUGUUCCCGCCUGGAGCGAGAUCACUGUCGAGUUCUUCGAGAAGUCUCCUUCGGCCUCUUCGAACUCUGGCAAGCGCUCCUUUGACAACGCCGACUACGACCUUUCUCGUAUGCCCCUCGCCAACAAGGAGAACCUCGACUACGGCUCCCGCCCGAUCAAGCGCGGAAAGCACGAGCUGCAGGUCUCCCCUCUGGGCUCGCACCAGAACAUCUAUGCUCCUGUUCACUCCUACCAGAUUGAGCAGCAGCAGCCCCCCACCCCGUCGACUUCGCCGUACGCUGGCUGGAACGGAGUCGGUGCGAUCACCGUGCCGACGACGGCCGCCAACGCCUCGCCCUCGUCUCUCUCGAGCACGUCCGCGACGUACUACCGCCCGUUCGUUCCUGACAUGGCCUACGGUACUCCGACGACAACCGCGAGCACGUCCGCGGCUUCCGCGUACCAGUACGCGACCCCCAACUCCACCACUGGUGCUGCCACUUACGGCUACCAGACGGUGGCGUACCCCCCUGCUCCCAGCAGCUACGGCUCGUCCACCCCGCCCGCUGCUUCGUACCCCACGCCGACUGCCACGCAGUCGUACACGUACCCUAGUGCGUACGAGGGUCAGAGCUUUGUGAGCGAGCUUACUUUGGCGACUUGA